AGGCAAACCAUGAUCAAAUGUUGUUGUGAAGUGUUUCUGGCCUAUAUCUAUAUUCAGUAAUAUUGAAAAGAAUGGGAAGGUGGAUUUGAUUAUCUCUGUUACACGUUGCAGUCUCUUUUGAGCAAUCAGCUUGAGUGCUACCUUAACCUUUUUCAAGUAGAACAGUAUCUACAGAUAUUACCUUCAGUUUUGUACCGCUUCAAAGAUGUUUUUAGGCAUGUAAACACGUACCUAAGGGAGGAGCCCGCAACUUUGUAAGGACGAAGAAUCAAGAUGAGACGAAGCAGAAGCAGUUCGCUGACCAGUGCAAAGUUAGAAUAUUACCACAGGCUGGUAUCAAAAACUAUAUUAGAUCUUCAGCAUCCUAUCACUGGCCUCUUGCCUGCAAGUUUGCAUCAAGGAAGACUUGAUAGCAACUCAAUUCACUUCAGGGAUGCCUGGGUUCGUGAUAAUGUAUAUGGCAUACUUGCUGUUUGGGGACUGUCAUUAGCAUAUAAGAAAAAUGCAGAUGCAGAUGAAGAUAAAGCCAGAGUCUAUGAGCUAGAGCAGAGUGUUGUUAAAGUUAUGAGGAGUCUCCUUACUUCUAUGAUGCAGCAGGUUGAGAAAGUAGAGAAGUUCAAAAAAACUCAAGCGACUGAGGAUGCCUUACACGCAAAAUUUAACAGAGCCACCGGUGCAACGGUUGUAACCGAUUUUGGAUGGGGCCAUCUUCAAGUGGAUGCUACAUCUUUGUACUUGUUAAUGCUAGCUGAAAUGACUGCGGCAGGGCUGCAAAUAAUAUACACCUAUGAUGAAGUUGCGUUCAUCCAAAAUUUAGUUUUUUACAUUGAAAUGGCCUACCGCACUCCCGAUUAUGGAAUCACUGAACGAGGGGGAAAAACCAAUCUAGGACAACCUGAACUGAAUACAAGCUCAAUCGGAAUGGCAAAGGCGGCCCUAGAGGCAUUGAGUGAACUUGACUUGUUUGGAGCUCAUGGUGGACCAAAAUCAACAAUUCAUGUCCAACCUGACCAGAUUCAAUAUUGCAAGGCUAUUCUACAAUCGAUGCUACCCAAAGAAUCAAAUUCCAAGGAAAUCGGGGCCUCGUUGCUCAGUGUUAUAAGUUUUCCUGCGUUUGCAGUUGAAGACAAGGACCUUGUCAAGGUUACAAAAUCUGAAAUCAUUGGCCGCUUAGAAGGCAAGUAUGGAAUGAGAAGAUUUCUAAGAGACGGAUAUCAAACACCUAUCGAGGACAAAAAUCGACUGUACUUUGAGCCGGCGGAGUUGAAGCAGUUUGAAAACAUCGAAUGUGAAUGGCCAGUAUUUUUUAUAUACAUGAUCCUAGAUGGUAUUUACAAUGACAUAGAAGAACAGGUAGAAGAAUAUGCAAAAAAACUGCAACCAUUGUUAAUAGAGACAAGCGAUGGGCUAAUUCUUGUCCCCGAACUUUAUGCUGUUCCUAGGGAUAAGGUUGAACAAGAAUACCGCAGUCCACACAGCCAAGAGCGAGAAUAUGGGAUGCAUUGUCCCCAGCUUUGGUCACAAUCGCUCUACAUCCUCAGUUGUCUCCUCUGUGAGAAACUGAUUGCUGUUGGUGAACUUGAUCCGUUGAACAGAAGGUACUCCACUGACCCAAGACCUGAUUUAGUUGUCCAAGUAUCAAUAAUUGCUGAGGAUAAAUCAAUAAAAGAUUUGCUGAAUGAGCAUGACAUUCCUUGUCAAACGCCAGCCGAAGCCGACCCAAUCAGGGUUUUGCCUGCAAAGUGUUUAGGGAAGAUCUACAGUGAGCUUGGUAAAAAUUCAAAGCUUGGACUUAGUGGAAGGCCAGGACAGAACAUCGGUUUGGUUGGAACUGGUUGCUUAUACAGGGCUGAUGGAAGCAUACUUGCAUUCACACCCCAGUUUUUAGAUUACCUUCAAUUCUAUUUGUGUUUGGACAAUGAGCUGUUAGUGGAUGCCUUCAAAACAGAGAUAGAAUACCUCCGUGCCAAUUGGAGCAUGGUCGGAAGACCCACCCUUACAAUUCCGAUGACGCAUGCCAUUUUAGAAGACAAUAUAAAUUCAACAGUUGGUAAAUUUCUUCUGAGGAUCAAAUGUGGCUAUUCCUUUGGUGUAAGAGUACGACUUGGUGAACUUCCUGAUAUGCUUAGUACUUCAUGUAUCCAAAAACUUGACUUCGUUGGAAGGGGCAGACUGCAAGAACUGAUUCAUCGUUAUCGCGAUCCAAUGAUGUCUCCAAGAAUGAGUGACAAGCUGAGAGUUUCUGAUGAAUACGAUGACGGCACUCAAAUGAGAAAAAGAGCUGGUUCUUCAGAAGAUCCGGACUUUAAGAGGACAAGCUCGGUCAGUGGAUCUGUAAUGCUGAGUAGGAAAAUCAGCAGGCUACAGUCAUGGGGUCCAGAUGAUAACAUAGCAAAACGGCCUGAAAAACUAUAUAACCUACAAGAGGUGAGUGAGUCACUUGCGAAAAGGGCUUCUUCUGAUCAAACCAACAUUGAUAUUGAUGAACUGCGAAAGGAGCUGGAAGAGGCUGAUUCCAUUUACGUCCAAGCUGAUAUCCUGCAUCAUCUUUACGUAACCAGAGGUCCUAAAUUUGACGUCAAACUUCGAGGUAUGCCUAACAGUACAGUUGAGCUGUUGUUACAAGAACUGUAUGAGAAGGCAGGCCAUUACAAAAUUUGGUCACUUAUUAGGCAUACGGCUGGAAUGCUAGGGAAAACAGUCGAUAAUCUCGGAGAGGUUGCAAAUGAUUUACUUGUGAGACAAAAGCAACUUGGCGUUGGCUUACCUCACUUAAAAUGUGAAAUUGAAAUAGCGAGGCCACAGCCUCCUACUGUUUUGAGAAACCUCAUAUAUACCUCCUCCGGAGAGGACAGAAGCACAGCCGUUUUGAUGCAGGAAUUACUGGUUUAUUUGUCAAUGUUUGUGAAAACCGAACCAAAUCUGUUCAAUGAAAUGUUACGGCUGCGGGUUGGAUUGAUAAUGGAAGUAAUGGCGGCUGAGUUUGCAAGAGCAACUGGCCUAAAUGGCGAAGAUGCAGCGGAAGGUUUUAUGAACCUAAAGCCAUUUGAGAUGAAGCAAUUGCUUUAUCACAUUUUAAGUGGGAAUGAAAUAACUUUUAAAAGAGAUUCCAGUGGAGGCUAUAAGAUAGCAAAUUUGAGAAGUAUCAACAAAGUCAAAAGAGCAGUGAAGAGCCUGAAAAAAGAUGCCGAGAAACAGCUGGAUCUGCCGUUUGAAGAGAAGUACUCCUCGGAUUAUUCUUCUGGCGAAGAAGAGUGUGAUGAGGUGAAGGCCUCCGAUGACAAUGUUCACAAAGCUGGACAGUGGAUGCGGAGGAGGUGCUUAGAUGGAGCAUUGAACAGAGUUCCCGUUGACUUUUAUUUCAAAAUUUGGAAAAUCCUAGAAAGAUGUGAAGGAAUAUCGAUUCAUAAUUAUGUCUGCAAGCAUGUAUUGAUUAAGGAGAGUACACCAAACGAGUUCAAUUUUGCCAUCAAUGUCGAGAAGGGCCUCAACGGUAUCAUAUACCCUGAAUACAGACAGCUAAUGGUCGAGGCUCUGAUGGUGCUUUCAUUAAUAUUAGAAAAUGAAGGGAAGACAUUCAUCCAUGGAGUCAUUGCUAUUGACCAAAUCGUUGCUGAUGCAAAUAAACUUUUCCUAGAGCACCAAAAAGAGUGUCAAGGAGAUGCGUCUCUCUGUUGUGCCAAAGACGGUUUUUAUCCUGUGUGUGGAGCUACAAACCAAAUAUGCAGACACUUUUAUGAUAGUGCUCCCAGUGGAAGUUAUGGCACUAUGACGUAUUUCGCCCAAGCCAUCCUAAAGAGACAUAACUUUGGUGACCCAAAAGAAAUCUGUAAAGUGAGCUGACUAUCUUCGUCUUUGCCGUAAUUAUUUCUUAUUUAAGCUUAUGUUGUAUCCUCAUUCACAAACAAAAAUUUUAUACAUUUGA